UGUGUGUGUGUGUGUACUUGUCCCCCCACAGGGCUGAAUGUAAGAUGAGGGGAGGUUAUAUUUGGCCUGUAAAACUCCAUGUCUUCAGAUAAACUGCACAGUGAACAUUAGGUCAAACACACACUCUGUUCAAACACACACUCUGUUCAAACACACACUCUGUUCAAACACACACAGUUCAUACUGAAGGUAAGAAACUUGUCUCACACACUUCUGUUUGUUUACAUGUAAUCUACAUUUGUAGUUUUGGGUAAGGAGCCAGCGCUAUCUGCCCUCUUCCACAUGAGCUCACAGACAAUUGGCUAGUGUGGCCGUGAUUGACAGGGAAGAGAAAGUAAGCCCCUCCCACCCAAUAAACACUUCAGUUACAUUGGAUCCACAUCAACACACUGGAACUUUCACAGCUUUAAGUGACUUCAUCACAACAGUCACCUGCUUUCUCUGUUACUGUUUAAACCUGUUAAUGAACUGAUGACUUUUGGUCUCUUGUGUAUUACAGCUGAAAUUCUGAUGACUUUAUUUAACACCAACAUCUCUGCUUCAUGAUUCUGAUUUCAGUCUGCACUUUUGCACCCAGACUGCGCUAGUCUGCGUUAAUCUGCACUGAUCUGUGCUAAUUUAACCUCCAAACCACAUGGAGGCACAGCAAGGUUCUCCAGACAGCAGCAGUGAGGAAUGUACCAUUCUGGAGGCUUUUCCUGGAAAAGGAACAGAUUGCUCUCAACAUAAAGGAAAAGCCCUUGCAUUUUACUGUCUGCUGUGUGAGAGUGCUGUGUGUGAGGAGUGUGUAUUCGGGGAACAUGCCGACCACCCGACAGAUUCACUGCAAAAAAUUGUGGAUCAACAACAAACAGCUUUACAUGAGAGCCUAAACGCAGCUCAGAACAGACUUCCCCAGAUCAGAGAUGCUGUACUGUUGCUGAAAGAUAUUCUGCAGCAGCUAAGCUCUCAGAAGAACUCUAUCGAGGAGGAUAUUCACUCUUCCUUUAGCGAGCUGCACAAGACCUUGGAUACACGUAAGAGUGUCCUUCUCAUGGAGUUAGAGGUCACCUAUGGAUUAAAGCAGAAGGUACUACAGAAACAGUUAGAGACACUGCUUAGAGAGGAGGCUGAUAUCUGCAGUAACUGUAGUCAGACAGGAGAGGCAUUGGAUGGAGCAAGUGAGGCUGUUGUUCUGCAGACUCAUAAAGACUUUGGAGAGCGACUGAGUGAGCUGGCCAGUCAGGGACUUCCUCUCCAGCCUGAGGAGAACGAUCAGCUGGAGCUCAUGAUGGAAGUAGAAGGACUUCGCAAGUCCAUACACAACCUGGGUGCCAUUAUCACCACCAACGCAGUGGCCAGUCAGACUGAGGCUUCAGGAGAAGGCCUUGAGCAAUGCAUUGUAGGUCAGCCAACCUCCGUCAUCAUAACAACCAGAGACAAGUCAGGGGGCCUGUGUAAGUCGGGCAAUGCCGUCAUCUCAGGAGAAGUCUUCACACCAGAUGGCAGUGUCAUGGAUGGAGAGAUUUUGGACCAUAAGAAUGGCAUGUAUGAGUUCCUGUACACGUUGCACAAGGAGGGGGACUUCAGUCUGGCACUGAGACUGUAUGAUCAGCACAUCAAGGGAAGCCCCUUCCGUCUGAAGGUCACCAACUCUCCAGACGAUUCUCCAACCACCACGUCUGGGGCCAACGCUGCUUCCACGGGCUCCAGUGAUGGUGGUGCGAGGAGACGGAGUGCCAAGUCCCCUGGUAGCAGGAGUCGACAGAAGGGGGUGCGGAGAGGUGGGAGCUUGUUCAGCACACCCAAGAAGAAAGUAAAUCCCAUUGAAGAUGAUCUUAUUUUUAGAAUCGGAACAAAAGGAAGAAAUAAAGGUGAAUUCACCAAUCUACAGGGUGUAGCUGCUACACCAGGGAGUAUCCUGAUUGCAGACAGUAAUAAUCAGUGUGUGCAGAUCUUCUCCAAUGAGGGCGAGUUUCAGAGCAGGUUUGGAAUUCGCGGGCGAACGCCAGGGCAGCUGCAGAGGCCCACUGGUGUCGCUGUUCAUCCCAAUGGUGACAUCAUCAUCGCUGACUAUGAUAACAAGUGGGUCAGCAUCUUCUCCAGUGAUGGCAAAUACAAAGCUAAGCUGGGUUCUGGUAGGCUGAUGGGUCCUAAGGGUGUCUCUGUGGAUCAGAAUGGUCACGUUAUCGUGGUGGACAACAAGGCCUGCAUGGUGUUCAUCUUCCAGCCCAGUGGGAAACUUGUAACCAAGUUUGGCAGCAGAGGAAAUGGUGACAAACAGUUUGCAGGACCCCAUUUUGCUGCAGUCAACAAUAAUAAUGAAAUAAUUGUCACUGACUUUCACAAUCAUUCAGUCAAGGUGUUCAGUGCUGAAGGGGAGUUCCUGCUCAAAUUCGGUUCAAACGGUGAAGGAAACGGACAGUUUAACGCUCCCACAGGUGUCGCAGUGGACAUUAACGGGAACAUCAUCGUAGCUGACUGGGGGAACAGUCGCAUACAGGUGUUUGAUGGAAGUGGUUCUUUUCUGUCUUACAUCAACACAGCGGCAGAUCCUCUUUAUGGGCCGCAGGGUCUCGCCCUGACCUCUGAUGGCCACGUUGUCGUGGCCGACUCCGGAAAUCACUGUUUUAAGGUGUACCGUUACCUUCAGUGAUUCAGUGCUUCAUAGUUCUGUCUCUCCCUCUUGCACUUCUGCUGCAGAUCCGUCACGCUAACUCUCCUGUGCUAACUGCCUCCUUUCUGCAGGAACACAUCCAUGUGACCUGAAUGUUUUGUAUAAUUAUGGUCAGUGAAAUCAGAUGGAUUUUGGGAGGUUUGUAAAGUUAAAGUGUGGUCACAUUUAGCUUCUGUUCCGUUCACACAGAAUCGUAUCGUCUGCGUAUUGCGUCCAAGAUCUCGCCAACUUUCUACACGUUGCUGCGAAGAUACAGAUUAAAUUUAAAGGAAUACUUUAUUUCAUUCACUUAAUGAUUAUUCUAAAACAUCGUCAUAUUCAUCGUCUACUUUACUGUAAAUUAUCUCAUCUUUUCUCUUAUCGAUAUUCUUUUGUUUACACGUCUGGGUUCGGCUUCCACCUGCCUCAUUACUGAGGAGUAACAGACGAGCGCUAACCCACAGAAGCGUACUGCAGAGCUGCAGACAUUUAAAUGGGAGGUUUAAUGUGACCACACCUUUAAUGUGACCACACCUUUAAUGUGACCACACCGUUAAUGUGACCACACCUUUAUUUAAAAGCCGCUCAAAUAUCAGCUGCGUCGUGGGAGAGUUUUUGAGAUGGGACGAGCAUGUGUCUGUAAUCGAAGUCCAUUUGCUCGAUCUUUACUCCGUUCUGCUCCAUGCAUGUGAGCAACAUCACAGAACUUCAGUAAGGUUCUCCGUCACUGUUCCGUCUGACUGAACUGAACUUAAUCACACUAUUUAAAGUUUAGCUGUAAACAAACUUCACCUGUUUAAUUCGAGCUGCACGUUAAAGCCUUUCCCUGCUGCACUUAGUAAAUAAAAUCUAAACUAAUAGAGGAAACGGUGAUGGUGUCCCAGACGUCAGCUCCGAGUCCAGCUGAUCCACAUCAUCACCGUCCUCUCGCCUUCGUCAGGACUUCACUAGCAGAUGCCAGGCCUCUAUUUUUAUUUUCAAAUAUUUAAAAGGGAAAAAACUCUAUAUUUAUGUAUUUAUCUUAACUAACGUUUCAGAGAAAAGCGGUGAGUUUUUCUAGUUUGUUGCAGAUUGAGUUUCCUCCUGUAGGUUUUUCUCCACCUGUGAUACACUACAUCCACAUCUACAGCUCUAUAUGACAUCAUUUCCUACGUGAUGUUUUAACUCGAUAAUAGAACAGACGACCGAAUUCACUCGAUACGUUUCUAUAGUAACAGUAAAUCGUCACUUUAACACAAAGCGUGUUUCUCAUUUCUGCUUUCAGGUGAAAAUCCUGCCUCUGUUUUUGUUCCAGCUGUUUGGAUGUUUGCUGUUGUACAGUUUCAUUUGUACUGAUGACAAAAAUCAAGCUAGGAAUGUUAUUUAACGGAUUAUUUAAAAUUCCACUUGAAUGUUUGUGUUCUGUAUUUAAAAUAAAAAAAAAGCUUUAACAUUAUUUUUACCAGAAAUGACAUUAAUGAAUUUAAUUUUUGCUUCAUGGAGAUUCGCUUGUGUGUAAAACCUUCAUGCUGGUGUCAUAAUAAAAAAGUCACGAUGCUAAAGACGAU